UCACAUCCUAUAUAUCCCACACCCGAACCUCCCCACACACUUUCCUUCAUUUCACCCGAUACCUUUUUUCUUCUUUCUCUUUCUUUUUUCUCAAUUGGUGCGAAAGAAAAAAGGAACCGAAUCGCAUUACGAUAGUGGAAAACGAAAGAAAGAAACGAUGAUGCACCAGCAACAAGAGGUGGAAGAAGAAGAAGCUUCUCCUCACAACAAGGCAUCCCCUUCUCCCAGUUUCAGCAGCUACUCGUCAGAGACACUCGCCGAGAUCGCCGCCAGGGUAAUCGAGGAGCUCCGCCACGAACCUAGUUCACUCUCCGACGACGACGAUGACGCGCUUUUCCCGCCAUGGGAAAACCUAAAUGACAACGAGAACUUCCUCCCCCAAAACGACGAGCCGCCAGAACAAAACGACGACGACGAUUUCGAAUUCGCGUUCGUUUCGCGAGACUUGGCUUCUCCCGUCUCCGCCGACGACAUUUUCUACAACGGCCAGAUCAAGCCCAUGUACCCAGUCUUCGGCGUUGUUCCGUCAAACGACGCCGUUUUAAGCUUUUUUCCGAAUAAUAACAAUAUUGCGCCCACUCCGCGGCGCCGUCUUCCUUUACGUAAGCUAAUGUUCGAGGAGGGCGAAACGGCGUCGUGCUCGUCGUCAACGGACGAGAGCGUUGACCUGGAGGGGGUCGCGGAAGGCGCGUACUGCGUGUGGACACCGAACUCCGUUGGGAGUGAGCGGAAAAAGAGCAACUCGACGGGGUCCACAUCGAAACGGUGGAAGCUUCGUGUUCGGGAUUUGCUUCUUAGGAGCCACAGUGACGGAAAGAAUAAUAAUAAACAAGAGCAACAAAAGCAACGGGAUUUGUUUCGGAUUGCGACGAAGCCUCAAAACGGGAGCGUGGGAACGGAACAGCAACAUCAUGUGGAACAGAACAAGAGGAAGUCCUUCUUGCCUUACAAGCCGGAAUUGGUUGGACUUUUUACUAACGCCAAUGGCCUUGGUCGGAAUUUGCGCCCUUUUUGAUUUUUUUUUUUUUUCAAAACCUGAUGCAGUAGUGUUUAUUCUUUUUCUGUAAAUUCUGUGGAAAUUUUAAGGGUAUUUUCUUCUCUUUCUCUUUGUUGUUCAGAAUUCAAGCAUUUAUUAUGAUGAGCUUUCUAGUUUGUGGUGGGGCUAGUUUGUAUUUGAAAUGGCGUGCUAGUGGGAUUUGUAUAGAUUAAGAUGAAGAUGGUGAGGCGUAUAUGGGUUUCUUUUCGGUCCCUACUCAAGUCUAUGAUGUAUGUAAAAUUAUAAAUAAAUAUAAAGGGUAAAUUACUUUUGAAGUUUAAUAAAAUUUUA